UACAGCUGAUUAUAUAAACAAUAACGUAGUUUUGCAACGUUUUAUUCAACUGGUGUUUUCAAUCGAGAUCAGAGAUUUCGCGAAUGUUAGCUCUGUUUCGACGAUUUUGAUUUCGUUUUAUUUAUAUUUUUUAAUUCAUCCAUACCCGCUUACGUCUUGUUGUUUGUUUACCUACGACCAUCUUCUCGUAAUCGUAAUAUAACAAGAUGAGACCACCUUCGGAAUUCGGCGCCGAUAUUACUAAUCAGGCAAAUAACGAAGCCACUGUACCACCAGCGAUGAUGAUUUGUACAAGAUUGGCUGGAAGGGCGAUUAUUCGUGUUGUUGGAAGAUGUAACGAUGCGCAAGAAAAUUGCAAUCUUGAUUUAUCGGAAUGUCAGCUGAUGCAAGUACCAGAUGCUGUGUACCAUUUGAUGAGACAUACGGAAUUAAAACGAUGCAAUUUGUCAAGCAACUCGAUUACUAAAAUACCGCCAAAGUUUGCCGUUAAUUUUUCAUUGAUUUCAGAGUUGAAUUUGUCACACAAUCAAAUGAGCAAAUUACCCAACGAGCUCGAAGAUUUAUCAAAUUUGGAAAACUUGGACAUCUCUCACAAUUCUUUCAUAUGUCUUCCUCAUCCAGUGUACAAAAUGCCAAAGUUAAUUCAUUUAAAUGCAAGUCACAAUUUCAUCGUUGAAGUUGAAGUGGAAAGAUUAGAAUCUAGCCCUUCAUUGGAAGAUGUUGAUCUCGGAAAUAAUCCUCUCACGACUCCCAUCAGGUCGGCUUUAGAAAAAGUAUCUGCGAUCAAAGUCACUUUCAGUUUACCAGACGACUGGGACGACGAUUUAUAAAUUACAUUUUGAAAUCAUUGUGAAGUUACCUUGUAAUUAUAGUACUUAAGUACAAACUUUUAUUUGUAAUUUAUGGAGUCAAGAAUUUAGUUCCUAAUUUAUUUUAGAUAGUAGGAAUUGAUUUAUCUAUGACUGAAUUUUGUAUUCAGUUUGAUUAACAUCUGUGAUGUUUGUUGAAAUAUCGGUAAAUAAGUGAUGAAUUUGGAACAAGAAUUUUUGAAAAGUUGAGUACCUACCUAUGUUUAAGGUCGUACUUUUUUUACACCUCUUUCUCAUAUUACGCUUACAUAAUUUUAGAGGCAUUUUAAUUUCUUCAAAGAAAUAGUACAUAGUACAUACCUAUAUCUUGCAAAGAUAAUGAAUAUUUUCAGAAAAUUUCAGAUACUUCCAGAAAUAAUUUUUAUUUAUUCAAUUUUUUUUAAUAGAAAAUUGUACAGACUACUUCAUAAUAUGCUACCUACUCAGAAUCAUUAAUAACGAUAAAUUGUUAAUAUAUCUACUUUGUAGUAAUAUACUUUUGAUCGCUUUUUCAAUAAGGCUUCUACGAACUUAUUGCACCGAAAAAAAAUUGCACACCUGUACAACUUUUUCUGUGAUUCGUAAAGUAUACUGCCAUAUUAUAUUUGGUUAGGAUACCUACGUAUCGUUACCUAUGGUAUCUUUCAUCUUCUUUCUAUUAAUUAUACAAACUGAAAAUUACGUAAGCAUUUAUGAGAAAAAUUUUUGACAAUGAUUUUUCGUUUUCAUUUGCGUAACUUCAUGAAUACCUAUAGCCCGUGGUUAGUAUUGUUUUAUUAACUUUUUAUGUGCAUUUUAUAAGUGUAUAAUGUUUUAACAAACUAUUGAACAUUUUUUAUUUUUAUAUGCGUGUAAAUAACUUUAAAAGCUUAUUCGUUUACAAAUGUUUGUAAAUGAAAGCUACUCAUUUGCCAAAUAAAUCAAAAAAAAUGUCUCUGUUUUUGCUACUAAGUAGAUCAGUAAUUUGAUUUUGAAUUGAAAUUGUGGUCAAUUUGUACUUUGAGAUGUAAAGAUGAGCUAGUCAGAAUAUACUUUAAAACAGUGGUA